GGGGCGUUCAAUGUAUCCUUUCGGAUGAAGUUCGAGGAUGGGGGAUCAGCGUUGAUCCGCUUCCCCAAACUCGGUGCCACCAUGUUCCCGGAGGAAAAUGUGAGGAACGAAGUGGCCGUGAUCCGGUAUAUCCAGGAGCACAUCUCGAUCCCCGUGCCGUUCAUCUUGCAUUGGGAGUCCAAGAACGAGAGUCCGCUUCAUCUCGGCCCGUUUAUCCUGAUGGAAUACAUCGACCACGACACGGACCUGGGCACCGCAUUGAACACGCCAACACUGAGCCCCGAGGACCGUCCGAUCCUCGAUUUAUCGAUCUAUAUCGACAAGCUGGAGAUGCUAUACGGACAGAUGGCCGAUAUCUUACUUCAGCUGUCGCAGAUAUCCCUUUCCCGGAUCGGCUCGCCUGUCCCAAAUUGA